AUGCCUACUGCUACACGCUCUCUCGAAACAAUGGUCCUACAGGCACACCGUGCGAAGGGUGUACGCUACCCAACAGCAUCCCAGAAAGAAUGUUUCAAGACUUGGUACUCGUACGCGCUUCGCCAAGGCGAGGUUACUAAGACUUCUCCGAAAGUCAUCGAGGAGCACGCGAAGCACCUCAAAGAGAUCAAGGAGGCCGCGCCAGGUGGGCGAACAUAUAUUUAA